CAGUGUACAUAAUAGCUCUGGCUCUCUACAUAUAUAUGUAUAGAUAAACCCUAAAUUUUGAAGGUUAUUUAGAACAAAGAUUCGACCAUUGAAACAAAAGCGACGAUGAUAUCCGACCUUCCAAGGGAUGUGGCAGAGGAGGUGCUCUCUUGGCUUCCGGUUACAUCUCUGGGAGGAGUAAGAUCUACUUGUAAGAAGUGGAACACUUUAACCAAAGAUGACGACUUUAUAAAGAAGCACCUCGGUAAGAAUCAGCGGAGGAAGGUGGUGAUGUUGCUGGACUAUAAGGUUUAUUUGAUGAGCGUUGAUCUCCUCACUCCACCGUCUAUAGAGCGUAUAGGCAAGCUCGUUAGCCUAAACCACAAGGAUCCUGCUGCUGCUGCUGAUAGAGUCGAGAUAUCUAGCAUCUUUCACUGCGACGGUUUAUUGUUAUGCAUCACCAAAGGCUCUCAGCUUGUUGUUUGGAACCCUUAUAGUGGGAAGACAAGGUGGAUCGAACCCAGAGAUUCUUACAACAGAUUUGACACGUACGCUCUCGGAUACUCCGAGAAGAAUAAUUGCUCUCUUCCUCGUAGCCACAAAGUCUUGAGAUUUGUGGAUUUCUACGACUGGAGUUUAGGUCGCGGAGUUCAUAAGUUUGAACUCUACAGUUUUAACUCUAACUCGUGGAAAGUUGUUGAUGUCAACCCUGACUGGACUCUAGGGUAUUAUCAACGUGGCGUGUCUCUAAAGGGAAACACUUACUGGUUUGCUCAAGAGAAGCUUUCAUUAGUUCCAAGAACAGAUUUAUCAGAUCUCCGUGAUUUCUUACUCUGUUUUGAUUUUACAAAAGAGAGGUUUGGGCCGCGUCUGCCUCUGCCUUUUCACUCCUUUGACGAGAUAGUGACCAUCUCUAGUGUUAGAGAAGAGCAGCUUGCUGUGCUAUAUCAGGAAGAUGGUAUUUCUCCAUACACGGUCAAGAUUUGGAUUAGUAGCAAGAUCGAACCUAAUGCAGUGUCGUGGAACAAGCUGUUCCUAAAUGUUGAUAUGAAACCACUCACUGGUUUUCUGUUUCAUUAUACCUGUGGGAGUUUCUUCGUUGACGAGGAGGAGGAGGAGGUGGCAGUGGUUCUUGAUGAAGCCAGAGAUGAGGUUGGCCGCAUUACUAGCAACAUUGCUUGCAUCAUUGGUAAAAAUAGUCACUUCAAACAAGUGGAUCUCGGAGGACUCGUAGAUCCUUCUCUUGACCUCCCCACGUACCCAUAUCGUAGCCCACCUGUGUUUGUGUGCUCUUAUGUUCCUAGUAGUGUGGAAAUCCUGUAAACUGCACACACACACACACACACACAACUAAAAGGUUAUGAAUGUUUUGAGCGGAGCGGGCGUUUCAAUGUGCGGGACACUUUUUAGUCACCCAUUCAUACAAUAGCUUUAAUAUUUUGCUUCCGUAUAAACGUAACAAAACAAUAACAAGUGCGGGACCAAAUUGUACACAAAUUUUA